GGAGCUUCCAGCUGGAUCUUUCUCAGCAGACCUGCCAUCCAGACCAGCUGCGCACUGAGCGGCUGUGUGUUGUCUUUCACCAUGCACUGUCUCACAGCGCUGAGAUGGUCAGAUCUCCUACAAGUUAUUUCCAAAAAUACCAGUAGGACGAGGAAUUUUCUCUUCAUACAUCCAGCAUGUUGUCUGAACAGAAAAUCAACAAACACCUUCCAGCGACGGACUUAUACCCACAUGGAUAAUUUCCAUAAUAAAAUAAACUUGCAUUCCGUAUCUCCAAGCUCUGGAGUGGAAAAUAUGCUUUUCUACACCAUCACAGAAGGAAGAGACCAAGUGCCAAUUUCAUACUUUCAUGCUGCCCUGAAAAAAACUGGUCUUCAGCCUUCAGACCCUCGGCUCAAAGAGUGCAUGGAGAAGCUACGGCGGGCAGUGAAGGACUCUGUUGGAGAGGUGAUGAUGGACAAAGACCUUUUCCGCAGAUGUGUGGGUGGCAACAUCGUUCUCCUAAUUCAGGCCUUCAGAAACAAAUUUAUCAUCCCUGAAUUUGAUGUGUUUGCACAAAAAAUCGAUGAAAUCUACAAGACAGUGCAAGAACAAAGUGAUGGAAAGGUUGCUGACUACAUCCCCCAGCUGGCCAAGUUCAGCCCAAAACUAUGGGGUGUGUCUUUAUGUACAGUUGAUGGCCAGAGGCAUUCUGUUGGUGACACGAAGCAGCCGUUCUGCCUUCAGUCAUGUGUGAAGCCCCUUCAGUAUGCCAUCGCUGUGCAUGAGUCUGGAACAGAGAGGGUUCAUAGCUAUGUGGGCAUGGAGCCCAGCGGACUCAAGUUCAAUGUGCUCUCUCUUGAUGAGGAAGAUAAGCCUCACAACCCCAUGGUGAAUUCUGGAGCUAUUUUGAUCAGCUCUCUUAUCAAGCCCCUCUCAAAUAAGGCAGAAAAGUUUGACUAUUUCAUGGAAUUUGUAAAAAAGAUGGCUGGUCAAGAAUAUGUUGGAUUUAGCAAUGCUACGUUUCAGUCAGAAAAGGAGACUGGUGACAGAAACUUUGCAAUUGGAUACUACAUGAAAGAGAAAAAGUGUUUUCCUCCAGGAGCUGAUAUGAUUGAUGCCCUCGAUUUCUACUUCCAGCUUUGCUCUAUUGAGGUGACCUGUGAGUCAGGAAGCGUCAUGGCUGCCACCUUGGCCAACGGAGGGAUUUGUCCAAUCACAGGCGAGCGAGUCCUUAGUGCUGAGGCGAUGCGGAACACCUUGAGCCUCAUGCAUUCCUGUGGCAUGUAUGACUUCUCUGGCCAAAUGGCUUUUCACGUGGGUCUACCAGCUAAAUCUGGAGUGUCUGGGGCAAUACUGCUGGUGAUCCCUAAUGUAAUGGGAGUGAUGUGUUGGUCUCCACCUUUGGACAAAGUUGGGAACAGCGUCCGAGGAAUACAUUUUUGUCAGGAGCUGGUUUCACAGUUUAAUUUCCACAAUUAUGACAACCUUAGGCACUUUGUAAAGAAGCAAGACCCUCGCCGGCAGGAUGGAGAUGACAGGAACAAGUCUGUUUUCAACUUAAUGUUUGCUGCCUUCAGUGGGGAUGUGUCAGCAAUGAGAAGAUUUGCUCUCUCAUCUGUGGACAUGGAUCUGAAAGACUACGACUCCAGAACAGCGCUACACAUCGCUGCAGCAGAGGGUCACAUUGAUGUUGUAAAGUUCCUCACUGAAACCUGCAAAGUUGAUCCUUUUGUGCAAGACAGGUGGGGGAAUCUUCCAGUUGAUGAUGCCAUGCAGUUUGGCCAUGAAGAAGUAGUAAAUAUGCUCAGAGAAUACCAGCAAGACUGGAAGCAGCAGGAAAGGCAGCAUGGCGAGGCCGAACGUCCCCCAAAACUGGACACAAUUGAGGGCAUGGUUUGAUAUUUUUAAAAGUAAAAUUUUAACAUGUCAGAACAUGAGUGACAUUUGUUAAACUUGAACUAAGUGCAGAACCAAAGAAAUCUUGACUAAAUGAAUGUAAUUGAAUUUUGCAUAUUGUAACAAUUACGUAUAUAAAGGGUAUAAGGUUUUAAAUUUGUACUUCUUCUAAACUUGUCAAGUAAAAAACUUUUGAGCAAAUUAUAACUUUGGACAUUAAUCUAAAGCUCUGCUGAAAUAUUUGUAUGAAAGAACGUCCUUUUUAAAACGUAGACUCUCUGUAUGAUUUAAAAAAAAAACAGUAUGUCGAUAAAAU